AGAAAUUGAAGCACAAGCACUUGAAAAUGCCUUCCCUGAUAAGGAUAAACGUUUAGAAUUUUUAAAUUUAUUGUUAGAUUAUUCUAAUCAUGUUGUAAAUGAAUUUAAAGAACUUGAAAAAAGAUUACCAAAACAUAGAAACCAUCCUUAUUAUAUUAAAUCUAAAACAUUUAGAGAUAAAGUUUUAAAUGGUCCUAAACAAGGUUCUGUUAUGAAGGUUCAACAAAUAGAAAAGGCAAUUCAAGAUCUUGAAGAAGAGUUUGAGUGUGAUACUGAAAAAAGUGAAAGUGAAGAUGAAAUUGAAAAGAACAAGCUAAAUUAA